AUGUCGAGCGGCACCCUCAGUAGCUACUUCGUGGACUUGCUCAUAGGCCCUGACAGCGAGGAAGGGUACGGCGGAAGAGCAGGGGGGGGGGACGGGGGGCGCGAUACCCCCGCUGCAAACUGGAUUCACGCUCGUUCCACCAGAAAAAAGCGUUGCCCUUACACAAAAUUCCAAACUCUGGAACUGGAAAAGGAAUUCCUCUUUAAUAUGUACCUUACCCGAGAACGCCGCUACGAAGUGGCUAGGAUUUUAAACCUCACAGAGAGACAGGUUAAAAUCUGGUUUCAGAACCGAAGAAUGAAGAUGAAAAAAAUGAACAAGGAAAAAGGGAAUAAAGGGGACUAGCACCUUGGGGCAUGUGGGUACUUGUGUUUGUGAAAAUAUUGUGGGAUUUUUCUGAUGAAACAUGCACACGUGCACACACACACAUAUACAUGUACACAUAGCACUGCAGCAAUUCAUUAUUCUUAACAUUAUUUUCCCAGGUGCAUUGGUUCAAACUUGAUCAAAGUUUUUUUUGAAAUGAAAGACAUCAGUGCAUGUGGUCCUUGGUAUUUUAGAACGGAAAGAGAUGUAUGGAAAAGCCUUCUCUGGGCGGAGAACACUAUCGCUAAAAGCCGUUCUCUCUUUCACCUUCCCUUUGGUUUUGAGAUAAAGUGAGUGCAUAUUCUUUGGGGGGAGUUUACCAUUUGAUGUGCUUCAUACAAGUGACUUAAAACACCUCCCUUCCCAAUGUCUUGUCCAGAGUUAAAGCAAAGUUGAGGAGCUACCAAAGAGAGAAUCCCAAAUUAUAAAGCGAGCUGCUUGAAUGGCCUCAGCGCACAAAGCCUGCCCUUCCUCAGAGACAAUCUGGCUGUUCCCCCGUCUCUUGGUUCUGUAUACUUUGUUUUCCAAGACUCUUGCCAGAGAGGAGGAGAAGGAAAAGGAAGAGGAUGGGGAUUAUCAUUAUCAUUAUCAUCAUCGUCAUUAUUAUUAUUUAAGCACGGCUUCCCUUCUUCAGUGCAGUGUAUUAAGAGUGGUACUUGAAACUUUAUUAAUG